AUGGACGACAUCGACGGAUUACGAUCGGGUCGAAAGCCAGAACUUUUCAAAGUUACCAAGAAACGCCUCUCUCCAGAAACUCUCGUGCUAACAAGCCAGCGUGGAGCAGGGCGAAUUGCUGGCAGACAAGAUCUAAAGUCCGAGCUUGGCUUAUUUUGCAGAGAGCCGGUAAAAGAAGACCUUAGAAAGAUCAGAGCCAAGGUGUUUUUUAAAGCUGCGGAGGCAGGAAAGAGCAUUAUUUAUGCCUAA